AUGCACAACCUUGCAGGUUUCAUCCUGCAUCUGUUUGCAGAUACAGGAGAUUGGUUUUUAAGUACCGGCGACCAGGCGGCCAAAGGCAACUAUGGGCUCCUGGAUCAGAUCCAGGCGCUACGGUGGAUUGAGGAGAACGUCGGGGCCUUCGGCGGGGAUCCCAAGCGAGUGACCAUCUUCGGCUCGGGGGCGGGAGCCUCUUGCGUCAGCCUGUUGACCUUGUCACACUAUUCAGAAGGUCUGUUCCAGAAGGCGAUCAUCCAGAGCGGGACCGCCCUGUCCAGCUGGGCAGUGAACUACCAGCCUGCCAAGUACACUCGGAUAUUGGCAGAUAAAGUCGGCUGCAACAUGCUGGAUACCACGGACAUGGUCGAAUGUCUUCGGAAUAAGAACUACAAAGAGCUCAUUCAGCAGACCAUCACCCCCGCCACGUACCACAUUUCCUUUGGCCCCGUCAUUGACGGCGAUGUCAUCCCGGACGACCCUCAGAUCCUGAUGGAGCAGGGAGAGUUCCUGAAUUACGACAUCAUGCUGGGCGUCAACCAGGGGGAAGGCUUGAAGUUCGUGGAUGGUAUCGUGGACAGUGAGGACGGUGUGACGCCCAACGACUUUGACUUCUCCGUGUCCAACUUUGUGGACAACCUUUAUGGCUACCCAGAGGGCAAAGACACGUUGCGGGAGACCAUCAAAUUCAUGUACACGGACUGGGCCGACAAGGAAAACCCGGAGACGCGAAGGAAGACCCUGGUGGCUCUCUUCACGGACCACCAGUGGGUGGCCCCCGCCGUGGCCACAGCCGACCUCCACGCCCAGUAUGGCUCUCCGACCUACUUCUAUGCCUUCUAUCACCACUGCCAAAGUGAAAUGAAACCCAGCUGGGCGGACUCAGCCCAUGGCGACGAAGUGCCCUAUGUCUUUGGGAUCCCCAUGAUCGGCCCCACGGAACUCUUCAGUUGUAACUUCUCCAAGAACGAUGUCAUGCUCAGCGCGGUGGUCAUGACAUACUGGACCAACUUCGCCAAAACCGGUGACCCUAAUCAGCCUGUUCCUCAGGAUACCAAGUUCAUUCAUACAAAACCCAAUCGCUUUGAGGAAGUGGCCUGGUCCAAGUAUAACCCCAAAGACCAGCUCUACCUGCAUAUUGGCCUAAAGCCCAGAGUGAGGGAUCACUACCGAGCCACCAAGGUGGCUUUCUGGCUGGAACUGGUGCCCCACCUGCACAACCUGAAUGAGAUCUUCCAGUACGUCUCCACUACCACAAAGGUCCCUCCUCCUGACAUGACCUCCUUUCCCUAUGGAACCCGGCGGUCUCCCGCCAAGAUCUGGCCCACGACCAAACGCCCAGCCAUCACUCCUGCUAACAACCCCAAACACUCCAAGGACCCUCACAAGACGGGGCCCGAGGACACAACCGUCCUCAUCGAAACCAAACGGGAUUACUCCACCGAACUGAGCGUCACCAUCGCCGUGGGGGCCUCCCUGCUCUUCCUCAACAUUUUGGCCUUUGCGGCUCUGUACUACAAGAAGGACAAGAGACGCCACGAGACGCACAGGCGCCCCAGUCCCCAGAGGAACACGACCAACGACAUCGCUCACAUCCAGAACGAAGAGAUCAUGUCGCUGCAGAUGAAGCAGCUGGAGCAUGACCACGAGUGUGAGUCCCUGCAGGCUCACGACACGCUGAGGCUCACCUGUCCCCCAGACUACACCCUGACGCUGCGCCGCUCUCCUGAUGACAUCCCACUCAUGACACCAAACACCAUCACCAUGAUUCCAAACACACUGACGGGGAUUCAGCCUUUGCACACGUUCAACACCUUCAGUGGAGGACAAAACAGUACGAAUCUGCCCCACGGACACUCGACCACCAGAGUAUAGCUGCCCGGUUCCCUUCCCCUUCCUCGGCUCCUCCCCCACCGGAGAGAGGGAGAAAGAGAGAAGCAGCAUCCCCACGUGAGGAAUGCCUGUCACCCCACUGACUUAGGACAGAAACAAACAAACAGAAGAAGCGACGGGGCCGCCAUUGUGUCCCUGUGGACCCAUCCCGUUGGCAUUUCCCAGUAUUACGAGAUCAACUUCUGACCCUAUGAAAUGUGAAAGCGUAUACAUCGCCGUUCCAGGACUGCUUUACCAUCCCCCAUCUCUCCAGCAAACGUUUAGAGGGA